GCUGUCCCCCUGCCAGGGCCUCCUCGGUGCACGCGAUCCCCAAGAUGGGGGACAGCGUUCAAUGAGCGAACCGGCGGCGCCACGUCGCACGCCAUCUUUGCAACGCCAACCGUACAGGGAGGAGACGACCAACCAUCUCGAGAUAACACGACGCGGUUUUCAGCCGCCAUGCCGGAAUGAAAAAUCAAAGAAGGCACUAAAUGUUGCGCAGGGCACGCGCAUAGGAGGGCGCACGGUCAGGUCGAACAUGCCGCCCAGAGGGGGGGGGGAGCACAGGGAAUGAGCAGGGAGGAGGGGUCGGAGAAAGGAGCAGGAGACGAUGGAGGAGGAGGAUGAAGGGGAGGGGGGAAGCCUGCGAGAGGCCGGGGCGCCGAGGCCGCCCCCAGAGCCCCAGUCAGCUCUACUUCUUCGACACGUCCCUGCCGAAGAUCACGGGGAUAAGCCCGAAGCCGACGAUGGGCCCGAUGAGGAUGGUCACGAGUGCGCACCAGCUUCAGGACGACCUCGAUGGGGUCCACCGCUUUGGCGGCGUGUGCGGCCGAGGGCAUCGCCACCAUGGCCGCGCCGGCCGCCGCCACCGCCUGGCUCGCGCCCGCCCCGCGGAGGGCCCCGGACACCGCCGGCGCAGGGACGAAGCUGGUCGCCGCCGUCGGGCUGCCAGCAGGGCGGCGGCAGCGCAGAGGACAGCCAGAGUGAGCACACGGGAGCGCACGGCCAUCGUGGGCGGACAAGUUCUGCCUGACGGUCCGCUGGCGGGGGAGUUCUGAGCUUGCCAAGGGUGUCCCUGGCACUCGAGUCGAAACGGCUGCGGAAC